AUGAGAAGAAUAAAUGAAGCCUCGGAUAACCUUAAUCUUAAUUCUAAUCAUACACUUCUGGAAUGUGGUCCAGCUCGGCCCCAGACUGAUCAUACUCCAGAUACAAACAACUACUCUGGGGAUAAUAGACAAGACCUUUUGCAGCCGGGAACUGAUUCGCAAGCAUCGCAUGCAGCGACCAGCCCAGUUGUAGCAACUAGACAGCGUAUAAAAUGGACAUCAGAAAUUAACGAAUUCUUAUUACGCACAUACCUACAGAUCACUAAAUUAGAAACACACAGAACCCUUUUCCGAAAACGUUUACGUGAAAAGUUUGUAGAAAAAUAUCCGCAAAUGAACGUGUCAGAGCAAAACUUGUCUGAUCAAUUAAGAGCGAUACGCAGACAUGAUUACAUCACAGAAGCAAGAAGAGAAGAAAUUACCCAGGAAGUGGCGAGAGAGCUCGGUAGCAACUCUGGAGCCCCAGCAAGCCCUGAGCAAACAAACAACACACCACAGGAUGGUAGUAUGGAUGCAGAGAACGAAGGGAAUGUCCCUUUAAUUAUUGAGCCCGUCAACGACAAUGCAGAGUCAAUUGAUUUUGAAAGUGCAUAUAAUAGUUUUCAAGAAAAUUAUGCGAAAUAUAGGGGAAUGCCUGUGAUGAGUCUGCCGCACUUGCCGAAACUAAACACCUCUAGAAAACUCGGAAAAUUAGUUGACUAUUACAACGCUGUUGUAUUACCGGAAACACUGAACGAAGAGAUUAGUCUCGAAGAACUUAUAAUAGUCAUAUACUGCGUUGCUAAAACUAUAUCUGAAAUAAUCACUAACAAACAUUUUGAGAACAAUCAACACAAUCAGAAGCCAAAACACUCCAAAUCAACUGACAAGAGUAAUAAACCGAAGUGGUUGAUAAGACUCGAUAAGAACAUUGAAGAGCACCGCCGAAAAAUAGGAAAAAUAACAGCAUUGGUAGGUGGAAACACCUCCGGACGAUUGAAACGCCAAGUCCUCAAAAUAUGUAAAAACUUUAAUACUCACUCGAAGUUCGAAAAUAAUGAAGAAAUGCCCAAGCGUACGCUCGAUACGCUCAAGCAAAAAUUAAGAACGCUAACCACCAGAAGAGAAAAAUAUAGCAUGUCUAUGAAACGCAAGCAACAUAAUCGUAUGUUUGAAAGCAAUCAAAAGCUAUUUUUACGACAAUUAAAACAAACCACGAACGUAGAAAGGCAGACGCGACAGGCAUCAAUGGAUGAAUUUAGAUCAUACUGGUCGGCCGGUCGGUCUAUUUGGUCCAAACCUCAGAAAUACAACACCUCGGCAAGCUGGAUAGCAGAAGUGAGAGAAAAGUACUCUAGUAUCCCAAUACUUGGUUUCUCAGCCGUAACACCUGAAGAGGUUGCGAAAGUUGCUCGAAGGCUCCACAAUUGGAAAACUCCAGGCUGCGACAACUUGCAUGCUUACUGGUUCAAAAAGCUUACAUGUAUACACGACAAACUUGCAGCCCUCUUCACCAAGAUAAUAACCGGCGAAGAAGAAUUGCCAAAUUUUGCAACGCUUGGUACGACAUAUAUGAUUCCAAAAUGUGAUGAAAUCAAUGACCCUUCAAAAUUCAGGCCCAUCACCUGUCUGCCAGUUAUUUACAAAAUACUUACGUCGUGCAUAACUAACAUCUUUUAUGAGCAUAUCGAAACACAUAAUCUGAUUGCAGAAGAGCAGAAAGGAUGUAUACGUGCAUCACAAGGUUGUAAAGAGCAACUGAUUAUAGAUCAAGUUGUCCUUGGGCAAUCUAAACAGAAGAACAGAAACCUCUAUGCAGCUUAUAUUGACUGGAUGAAAGCAUUCGAUUCGGUUCCACACUCCUGGCUUAUUGAAAAAAAGUUAUGCAACGCUGGAGGACAAGAAUAA